CUUGCUUAAAAAUGUUUUCUUUUCAUAGACGCAAAUCUCGUAUUUCUAAUGAUUCUCCUUCUCAUUCACCAUCACCACAUUCAUCUCCACCUUUGGAAGAACAAUGUCAAACAACAGAAUCAGAAUCACCAUCUACUGUAGUCAAUGUCCUUCUUGUUGGACAGAUAUAUAAUGAUACCAUUCUUUAUAUCAAUGAAUACCCUAAGGAAGAUACAAAACUACGUGCAAAUGAUAUGGAACAACGUAGAGGUGGAAAUAUUUGCAAUACAGCUGAAGUGCUAUCACAGUUUCCUCGUUUGAAUCCUCAUGUUAUGUCUUGUUUAGGUCCAAAGGAGGCUUCAACGGCAUUGAUAUCAUCUCUAGAAACACUAGGUAUCAAGACAAAAGCUUGUAUUCAUCGACAAACACCUACUCCUUCAUCAUAUAUUAUUCAAAGUGCAGAUAGUGGAUCAAGAACAAUCAUCUCUUAUAAUAAGACGAUUGAUAUGACCAAAGAUGAAUUCAUUCAUAAAUUUGAAGAAGCAAGUAAUAACAAGACCAAGAUGUUGUGUGAUAGACAAAUUCCUUUUUCUUGGGUUCAUUUUGAAGGACGUAAUGUGCAUAAUGUGGUGGAACAAAUUGACUGGUUAGAUACAAAAGCGACACAAGAAGGUUGGCGAUCACAAUUAAUCAUCUCUGUUGAAUUGGAAAAACCCGAUCGACCUGAUAUUGAUUUAUUGUUACCAAAGGGUGAUGUUGUAUUUUUUUCAAAACUAUUUGCACAAACUAGACAAUAUAAUCAUCCAAAAGAUUUUUUACAAGCUAUUCGACCUCAAUGCAAAUCAAGUGCAAAAUUAUUUUUGACAUGGGGUGAACAAGGAGCAUCCUGUCUUUUGGAAAAUGGGGAAAUUAUUCAUGCAUCAGCUAUGCCAAUACAUCAAGUGGUAGAUUCUGUUGGUGCGGGUGAUACAUUUAUUGCUGGGAUCAUAUUUUGUCUUUGUCGAAAAUUAAAUGUAUUAACUGCUCUCAAGUUCUCUUGUGAACUAGCAAGUCGCAAAGUUACACAAAACGGAUUCAAUGGAUUGGCUAAAUUGAUGUCAAGACUAUGGGAGGCUUCUUUGGAUAUUGCAACUGGACAUAAACAUCUUACUCUCUCCUCUACUUCAGAAGAUCAACUUUCAACCACUUCUUCAACUCCCUUUAUCUAGUUUAUACUUUUUAUUUUAGAAUUUGUAGAAAUAAAAUUGGUUUUUAUUCAUUCUAGCUUUAAAAAAAAAAAAAAAAAAA